UAGUACAUAGAUAUAAGAAAAUAGUAUUUUUCUUUUGAUCUUGUUUCUCGUCUCUCUGUACAAUAAAAUUAAAUUACUGUAUUGUAACCAAUUCUUACAAUGGAUUACCAAAGUAAACAAUUAGCCGAAGAUAUCUUCUUACGAGAACCUGUCGACGCUCGUAUAAGGAAGCCUAAAAAUGAGGUCAAAGAAGACAGCCACCCCAAUCUUAAAGUGGAACUGCAGACUAUUCGUCUGAAUUCUGACUCACAGAAGGCGGUGUUGGACACUCUAAGGUUUAUCCAUGGUCCUGACUUCAAGUUGGAUAGUGCUAGUCUUUACAAAGAUAAAGGUACAAAUCUUAGUAACCGUUUUUGGAUGGAGCGUGGUAAUUUAGUGGUGCAGGGUGGGUGUGACUACUCAUUGAACGUCAAACCAGAUAUAGAGACGUCUGAAGCCAGGCUUAGAGCUUUUGCAUUAGCAAAGCUAGAGAAAUAUAAUUUCCAUAAGGCUCAUUGUGCUGAGGCAUUAGAAGUGGCAGCUGAAAAUGUGGAAAAAGCGUUAGAAAUAUUAUUUUACAAAUAUUUCAAAGUGGAUCCACAGGACAAGCCUAAUGACAUACCAUCAACUGCAGAAUUACUAGAAAUGAGAAUAGAUGAGAAGGAAGUGCUUGAAUCUAUUUAUGAUACCAGUUUUAAAACCAAGGACAAUGAUGUAUGGUCAGUUAAGUUGAAUCUAGAUUAUUUGACAAAGCAAUAUCAAAAUAAAGAUGUAGAACUGCCUAAAAAGACACACACUGUAAAUUACAAUAGUAAAACAAAGCCUAAAGAAGUGUGUAAACUUUAUCUUAAAGGUCCUUGUAGAUUUGGUGCUAAAUGUAAGUUUUUACAUGAAAAUAAUGUACAAGAGAAUGAAUCAAAACAUGUUGUUAAAGAACAGGAAAAAAUUACUUUUGAAUUAGAGAUAAGGUUUGGUGAAAACACUGCAUAUCCGUACCAACCUCCAUUGUUGUUUUUCAAACCUGAGAAUCCCACAAAUAUAAUACCUGAAUUAACAUGUUUAAAGGUGACAGCAAAAUUAUUAGAGGAGGCCAAGGCUUUUGCAGAAAAUGGUAUACCAAGCAUACACUCAUUGGUUGAACUACUUAAUAAUGAAGAGGAAAUUUUAAAUUUUAUAAAAUUUGAUACAAGAGUAUUCCCCGUUCCUACUGAUGCCUUAUUUCCUCAGUUAAUAGAAAAUUCCAAUGUUCGCAAACAAACAUUACCAUCUCAUUAUAAGAAAGGUCAGAAUAAAAAUAAUAGGAGUAACAUUAACUUUGAAGAAACAUUGAAAGAAAAUAAAGAAAUAGCUAAGAGAUGGUUGGAAAAGAGAGAUAAUAGUAGGUACAAUAAAAUGAUGGCAGAUAGAAGAAAACUUCCGGCAUGGAAGAUGAAAAAUGAAAUAUUGAAUGCCAUUAAAAAAUCUCAGGUGGUGGUAAUCAGUGGUGAGACUGGCUGUGGUAAAAGUACACAAGUACCUCAAUAUAUCCUAGAUGACUGGUUAGCUAAUUUUGACAAAGACGGACCUGAACAUGCGGAGAUUAUCUGUACGCAGCCAAGAAGAAUAUCAGCUAUUGGUGUGGCGGAUAGAGUGGCAGAUGAAAGGGUCGAGAAAACUGGCCAAGUUGUUGGUUAUCAGAUAAGAUUAGAAAGUAAAGUGUCGUCAAAAACUCGCUUAUCGUUUUGUACUACCGGUAUAUUGCUACGUAGAUUAGAAUAUGAUCCACAAUUGAAGUCUGUCACUCACAUAAUAGUAGAUGAAGUCCACGAGAGGUCAGAAGAGAGUGAUUUCCUCAUACUCAUCCUUAGGGACCUUAUCAAAGUAAGAAAAGACCUUACGGUGAUACUCAUGAGUGCGACGUUGAAUGCCGAUUUGUUUUCUCAGUAUUUUGACAAAGUUCCGAUUUUGGAGAUACCUGGUAGAACGUUUCCAGUUGAGCAAUUGUUUUUAGAAGAUAUAAUGGAAAUUACAAAUUACGUUUUAGAAGAAAAUGGUCCUUAUGCACGUAAAACGAAAAAAGGUGACAAAGACAGGAGGCAAGAUUUAGAAACUGAAUUGGAAACAUGUGAUGUACGAUCUGAGGCCAACGAAGCUCCAAAACAAUCGAUACGAGACGAUAACCUGACCAUAGCUCAAGUUAUAGCUCGGUAUCCACGCUGUAGCAAGACAACUUGUAAGAAUAUGCACCUUAUGGACAUGGAGAAGAUAAACCUGGAUUUAGUGGAACACGUUUUAACGUAUGUUGUGAAUGGCGACCACAAGUGGCCUAAAGAGGGCGCUAUAUUAAUUUUCUUACCGGGAAUAGCAGAAAUUAUGUCUUUACACGACCAGUUAGCCGAAAGUCCUACAUUUAGUCGCAAAAAGGGUAAAUUUUUAUUAGUGCCUCUACAUUCAACGUUGUCGAGCGAGGAACAGUCGCUCGUGUUUAAGAAGCCCGCAUCUGGAGUACGGAAAAUCGUGUUAUCAACCAAUAUAGCGGAAACAUCGGUCACUAUAGACGACUGCGUGUUUGUUAUAGACUGUGGCAGAAUGAAAGAGAAACGGUUUGACUCUAAUCGUAACAUGGAGUCUCUGGACCUGGUGUGGGUGUCUCGCGCCAACGCGAAACAGCGGCGAGGCCGCGCCGGUCGCGUGAUGCCCGGCAUCUGUGUACAUUUGUACACGUCGCACAGGUACAACUACCACAUACUGGAGCAACCCGUGCCGGAGAUACACAGGAUACCGCUCGAACAGCUGCUGUUGAAGGUCAAGAUACUACCGCUGUUCGAAAAUAUGAGCGUGCACGAGGUUUUAGGAAAAACUAUAGAACCACCGUUAAAAUCAAACAUAGAUGGAGCAUUAUCUCGCUUACAAGAUGUUGGCGCAUUAGACAAGACUUUCGCCCUGACUGCACUCGGGAAACACUUAGCCACGUUACCAGUUGACGUCAGAAUAGGCAAGCUGAUGUUGUUCGGCGCUAUAUUCUGUUGUGUGGACUCAGCAUUGACUAUGGCUGCUUGUUUGAGUCAUAAAAGUCCGUUCGUCGCUCCGUUUGGAAAAAAGACAGAGGCUGACGCUAAACGAAGGGAAUUCUCGUGUUCUAACAGCGAUCAAUUAACCACUUUGAAGGCGUAUAGGAAAUGGCAGCAAGCAAUGAAAAACAGUACACAUUCCGCUUUAGUAUUCGCAAAUGAGAAUUACCUCUCUCACAAGACGUUACUUAUGCUUGCUGAUAUCAAACAUCAAUUAUUGGGCUUGUUAGCAUCUAUUGGUUUCGUACCGGAUAUCCCAGACUUGAGGCGGAGGAUGAGGAAGGAUUCUGUAGCGAGCCUCACUGGGGAAGAGUUGAACAUAAAUGGUAACAACGACAGACUGUUGGCGGCAAUUUUAUGUGCGGCUUUAUACCCGAAUGUUGUAAAGGUGUUAACGCCUGAAAAAUCGUUUCAUAUGCAAGCAGGCGGUGCUAUACCGCGCCAGCCGUCCGCCGACGAGUUGAAAUUCAAAACCAAAUCUGACGGUUACGUGGCACUACACCCCUCGUCGAUAAAUUCAACUGUUGGUUACUAUGCGAGCCCGUAUCUGGUGUAUCAGGAGAAAGUGAAAACGUCAAGGGUCUUCAUUCGAGAAUGUUCCAUGGUGCCGCAGUUGCCAUUGGUCUUGUUUUCUGGUUGCAAUCUAUGUGUGGAACUCCACAACGGCACAUUUAUAGUGUCAUUGGAAGAUGGCUGGAUCAUGUUUCAAGUGGAUCGACAUGAGGUGGCUGAAAUGCUAAAAACAAUAAGGAUAGAGCUGAUUAAUCUUCUAGAAGAGAAGAUAAACGACCCGAGCCUCAACUUGCUUCAUUACGAGAAAGGGAAUAGAAUAAUUAAGACCAUUGUACAAGUUAUUAGUAAAGAUUGAAUUUACCAUAAUAAAUAUAUAAUUGUUAUAAAAGUAAUAUGUUAAUGUGUGAGUGAAUACGCACAAUAAAUGCAAAUAAAUAGGUAUGCACAUACACAUACAAUAAAGAGGAAAUGAAAUUACAGGGUACAGAGUAAUGGCAGAAUUUAGGAAUGGUAAUGAACGAGAGGUAUGAAUUAGAGGUAGGGGUUGAUCCCUGCACUUGGUUGAUAGUGAUAAAGUGAUAAUGAUAUGUGGAGAUGAUUAAAUAAAAAAAUUCGUCCCAAUGUGAGUACUUAUUGAUACACACAGAUUUUUUUACUUUUUAGUAAAUUGAAACAUACAAGACACGGCGCGGUUAUACUGCUAUAUUAUCAAGUUCUAUGUAUAUAUAUAUAUAGGUACAUAUAGUCAAUAGUUACCACUUUCGAUCAUAAGGACCUUCAGUUUAAGCACGAUACUAAUUAAAAGUCAUCACAGUUAACAGCAC